UAUUUUGAAUGAAGUUCUAUCAGCUGAUGGUAGCAAUAGUUUUUACAUUUAAAGAGUUUUGAUUGUGAUUAAUGGUAUCUCUGUUAAUAGCUUUUUAGUCUUCACUUUUUGGAUAUUAAUUUAAACGCAAUACCAUUUUGGCCCAAUUGAAGCAUCAUAACCCAUUAGAAUCCUAAGUUAUCUCCGACCAUUUAUCAUGUUUAGCUUUGAAGGAAAUUUCAAAUCAAAACCUGAACAAAGACUUGGAGGAGCAUCGAAAAAGUUAACAAGGGAACAGUUGAUUCAGAAAAAUGCAGAAGAACGCAGACAAAGAGAAACUUUACGAAAGCAAAUUCAUGCAGUCACAAAAAUCCAAUCUGUCUUUCGUAGCUAUUUAAUCCGCAAACGUUUGUUUAAUGAACUCAGACAACAAUUUGAUCAAGAAUUCAACAGAUUGACCAAUUGUCAAAAAAAUUGUAAUGUUUUCUUAACCAAUACAUGCCAACGGCUGCUUCUAUUCUAUCAUCCAUCAUCUGACGGUUCUCGCCUGCUAUCCUUAGGACAAACCUUUAUCAAGCUCAAAAGUUUGGUUAUUGAAUGUCUUCUACAAGAUCCCAUUCAAUGGUCUCAUCGAAUCAGGAAGCUGUUGUUUGCUAACAUUAAGCAACUUUGUUUAUCUCUAAAGACGGAUAAUAACUUGUCUGUGGCUGUGCCUCUUCGAUUGAUUGAGGUCUACACAACUCUGGAAACUUACACUCCUUUGGGUGAUGUGAAAAAAGGACAACGAAUGUUAACAAAUAUAUGGACGUACUUAGCUUCUAAUGGAUAUUUUCACUAUUUACGUGAAAUAAUUGACUCAAAAGUACCAGAACCAUAUGAGGAAACAAUUAAAGCACCAACUCCUAUUGCAGAUUCACUUUUUAAUCUAAUAGUUCGACCUCUAGAUCUUGAUGGAAGCUGCUCAGAAACAGUAAAUUCCACUAUUGUUCUGAAAUUUUUCUCUGAAUUUUUAUCUGGUCCUCUUUCACCUCAAGUCAAACUUCAUGUCAUACCAAAAUUAAUUCAUCAAAUACCUGCUUCACUAACACCAUCAUCAAUCCUUUCAUCAAUAUAUCCUGGACGACUUCCCGAUUCUGAAGAUCAAGUCAAUGGAAUGCAUAGUUUGGCAUUAAAAUGUGAUUUAUGGCAGUUGUAUAAUGUAGUUGCCUUAGUGUCACCCCAACUACAUUUAAUGUCCAAAUCUGAUAAAUUCAGAUAUUUAAUUAUUUUACAAGUUUUGUGCCAGUACUUACCUGAACAAAAUAUAGAAUCACCUGAAGAUGAAGAUGAAGAUGUGGAAAUGACUGAUCCAGGAGAAAAUAGAGAAUACAUGAUCGACCAAGAGUUAAUUGUGGUUGCUAACCAAAUAAUUCAGUUAAUUAAUGAGGUUCCUCAUGUGAACUGUUUGAUUUCUCUAGUGGACACAAAAUCUCCAAACAAAAUUUUACUUAUUGCUCUUUCUUCUGUUUGCCAUGCUCUUCUCUUUUUCCAUAAAUUUGCUCUGCAUCAAUUCAGGUUACUGUAUACAUUAGCUUUCAAACCAAGCUUUCUUCGUCAUUUAUGGUCUUACAUCAUCCAAAUAUCAACACCGUCAAUAUUUGAUCAACCAACUCCUCUCUUACAACUUCUUGCUCGUGGUUUACCUUUAGCAUCCGUUGAUUGGCGGACACUUUUACCCCAAUUCACUCUUUUUUGUGCACUUUUCAGUUAUCUAUUGCCCACCCUGGAUGAUGUUGAGUUUUAUGAAGAAGAAGAUCGCCACUCACUUCACCGACACUCAUCAAUGCCUUUCUCAUUGGUUGAGCUUCAGAAAAUGACCAUGAUUUUGAAAGAUGUCUGUAUCAGAUUAAUUGAGCUUGCUUAUCAUGAUACUAAACUUUCAGUCAAGGAAGAAUAUAGACAAGCUAUGAAAAGUGUUCGUAACGAAGAAAUUGAUGAUGACAAAUUCGUUAAACAAUGGUUGAAACUAUUCAAAUCGACUGUCAAUUUAUUGAGACAUUUGUAUAUAAGAGAUUCUAGAAGAGCCUUUUGUCCACCAAAUCAUUGGAUAAGUCGUCAAAUUUCCAUUCCUGUUGAGAAACCGACUAUUUUUAAAAUAGGAAUCAGACAACGUCGAAGGUAUCAACAAUUUUUAGGUGUUCGAAGGCUGACCAAAAGGGAAUUAGAAGAGCAAGGACCUCCUUUAUCAACCUCUGAAAUAAGAAAUAUAACUAUUUUGCAAGAAAUACCUUUUGUGGUUCCUUUUCAUGAUAGAGUCAAAAUAUUGCAAUCGCUCAUGGCUAAAGAUAAAGAAAAUCACAUUGGUGAGCGUCAUCGAUUCAUGGUACCUGGUAGUGCUAUAGAUAUAAUGAUAAGACGAAAUUUCAUCUAUGAGGAUGCAUUUGAAAAAUUAUCACCUGAAAAUGAACCAGAUCUUAAGAAACCAAUCCGAGUUACUUUAGUUAAUGCUGUAGGUCUCGAUGAAGCAGGUAUUGAUGGAGGUGGAAUAUUCCGUGAAUUUCUGAACGAAUUGCUAAAAACAUGUUUUGAUCCGAAUCGUGGUUUCUUUAAAGCCACUCAUGAACGUCUUCUUUAUCCUAACCCUGCUUCUGAGAUGCUUGUGGAAAAUCAUCAGCAUCAUUUUUACUUUAUCGGAAGAAUGUUAGGAAAAGCUUUGUAUGAAAAUAUGUUAGUCGAAUUACCUUUUUCACCUUUCUUUUUGGUCAAAAUAUUGGUAAAACAUCAAACAUCAGAUAUCGAUGUUCACCAUCUCGCUUCUUUAGACCCAGUUAUGUAUAAAAAUUUGGUUUAUUUGAAAAAUUAUGAAGGUGAUGUUUCUGAAUUAGGAUUAGAUUUCACAGUGGUUAACAGCGAUUUAGGAGAAAACCAGAUAAUUGAAUUAAGACCCGGAGGUGCAAAUAUUCAGGUUACUGCUCAAAAUCGGAUUGAAUACAUUCACUUGAUGGCCGAUUACCGAUUAAAUAAGCAAAUACGAAGUCAAUGUUCUGCCUUUAAGCAAGGACUUGCAGAUGUUAUUGAUCUCGAUUGGAUUCGUAUGUUUGACCCAAGGGAACUUCAAACUUUAAUCUCUGGUGCACAAACACCAAUCGAUCUUGAAGACUUGAAAGCUCAUGUCAAUUAUUCUGGAGGUUAUUCACCGACUCAUCCCACAAUAGAAGCAUUUUGGCAAGUUGUUGAAGAAUUUGAUGAAACAAAACGCCGAAAACUUCUUAAAUUCGUUACAAGCUGUUCGAGGCCACCGCUUUUGGGUUUCAAAGACCUGCAUCCUCCAUUUUGUAUUCAAUGUGCGGGUAAAGAAGAUCGUUUACCAACAGCUUCUACUUGUAUGAAUUUGCUCAAAUUAUGUGAAUUUGCCGAUGCCAACAUCUUGAAACAAAAACUAUUAUACGCUAUUGAAUCAGGAGCAGGAUUUGAACUGAGUUAAUUGUACUUUUUUAAAAAAAGAAUCAAAACCUUGAACAGUAAAUACAGAUAGAAAAUACUAAUUUUGUUGAUCAUAAUUGAUGAAUAUAAACCACGAAAACGGCGAAUUUUGCUAUUUGCAUUCAUUUUAUAAGCCUGUGUUUAUUGGAAAUAACAAUUAACUCAACCAUUCUUUGCAAUCAUUAAGUAAUUUUUAUUUUUACUUUUAUUAACUGCAUUGCUUCAUUUAUUCAUCUUACCUUUGUGCAAUCUUCCGUCAUAAGAUGAUAGUCUUGAUAAUCUUCCCUGAUUUUUACUCUUGCCUCUUAUUAAACAGAUAAAAAACAGUUUUUAAUAAA